ACAUUGGUUUUUAAUUGUAUCUUUCAUUUAGUAACUUUCAAGUUUGAUUCAUCUCAUCUAGUAAUUUCUAUCAAGAAAUAAGAAUAUAAGCAUUUAAAAUAAAAUAUUGUAAAAGUUUAAUUCAGUUUUAAAGUUUAGAUUAAAAAUAAUUAUUUAAAUACAACAAAAUGAAAAAACACAAGGUUUUUAUUGUAUUAUCUUUACUCCUCAUAUUAGGGUAUGAAUGUAAGGCAGAUGAAAUAGAUUUAGAAGAUGUAGGAACGGCGGACCCAGAUAUUACAGUUAGUAAAAAAGGUUCAAUGACUGAUCCUGAAACAGUAGCUCGUGAGGCGGACACCAUUAAUAUAGAUGGAUUGAGUAUACAGGAAAUUAAAAACUUAAGGGAACAGUCUGAAAAGUUUACAUUCCAAACAGAAGUAAAUCGUAUGAUGAAACUUAUCAUCAAUUCUUUAUACCGAAACAAAGAAAUUUUUCUUCGUGAACUCAUUUCAAAUGCAUCAGAUGCUUUGGAUAAAAUAAGAUUAUUGUCAUUGACUGAUCGUGACCAAUUAUCAACAAAUCCUGAACUGGAAAUAAAAGUUAAAGCUGAUAAGGAAAAUAAAAUUCUUCAUAUAAUUGAUAGUGGAAUUGGUAUGACAAAAACUGAUUUAAUUAAUAAUUUAGGAACAAUUGCCAAAUCUGGAACAGCUGAUUUCUUAUCAAAAAUGCAAAAUAGUCAAGAUGCUCAAGAUUUAAAUGAUAUGAUUGGACAAUUUGGUGUUGGAUUUUAUUCGGCUUUCUUAGUUGCUGAAAGAGUUGUUGUAACAAGUAAACACAACGAUGACAAACAAUACAUUUGGGAAAGUGACUCUGGUAGUUACAGUAUCGUUGAAGAUCCACGUGGAGACUCAUUAAAACGUGGAACUGUUAUAUCACUCUAUUUAAAAGAUGAAGCACGUGAUUUCUUAGAAGAAGAUACAGUUAAAAAACUAAUUCAAAAAUAUUCUCAAUUUAUCAAUUUCCCAAUUUAUAUGUGGGGAAGUAAAGAAGUAGAGGAAGAAAUCGAUGCAGAAGAAGCUGGUGCACCAGAAGAAAACAAAUCUGAGGAAGAUGUUGAUGAUGAUGCUAAGGUCGAAGAUGAUGCAGAAGAGAAACCAAAAACUAAAAAAAUAACAAAGACUGUUUGGGACUGGCAAAUUCUCAAUGAAAAUAAACCUUUAUGGACAAAAAAACCAGCUGAUGUAUCACAAGAAGAAUACAUGGAAUUUUACAAGAGCAUAACAAAAGAUAAAACAGAACCCUUAGCUUAUACUCAUUUUGUAGCUGAAGGUGAAGUUACAUUCAAAUCUUUAUUAUUUGUACCUAAAGUUCAACCAUCAGAAAGCUUCAAUAGAUAUGGUACGAAAUCUGAUAAUAUAAAAUUAUUUGUACGCCGUGUUUUUAUUACUGAUGAGUUCAAUGACAUGAUGCCUAAUUACUUAAAUUUUGUUCGUGGUGUGGUUGAUUCGGACGAUUUACCAUUGAAUGUUUCUCGUGAAACUCUUCAACAGCAUAAAUUAAUUAAAGUAAUUAAAAAGAAAUUAGUUCGAAAAGUAUUGGAUAUGUUAAAGAAAUUAGAUAAAGAACAAUACCAAAAAUUCUGGCAGGAAUAUUCCACGAACAUAAAACUUGGAAUUAUGGAAGAUCCAAGCAAUAGAUCUAGAUUAGCUAAACUUUUACGUUUUCAAUCAUCAAAAGACCCAAAACAAUUAACUAGUUUAGAAGAAUAUACAGCAAGAAUGAAGAAGAAACAGGAAAGAAUCUAUUAUAUCGCUGGUGCAUCCCGUACCGAAGUUGAAACAUCACCUUUCGUUGAACGUUUGCUUGCUAAAGGUUAUGAAAUAAUUUAUUUAGUUGAGGCUGUUGACGAAUAUUGUUUAUCUGCCUUACCGGAAUUCGAUGGCAAAAAAUUCCAGAAUAUAGCAAAGGAAGGUUUUAGUUUAAAUGAACCAAGCAAAAAUGUUCAACAGCUUUCAAAAGAAUACGCCCCUCUUACAAAAUGGUUUGAUAAUAACUUGAAAGACUAUAUCGCUAAGGCGGAAAUUUCUGAACGUUUAAGCAAAUCGCCUUGUGCAUUGGUAGCUGGUAUGUUUGGCUGGACCGGUAAUAUGGAAAGAUUAGCAAUGUCAAAUGCUCAUCAAAAAUCAGAUGAUCCACAGAGAUCAUAUUACUUAAAUCAAAAGAAAACAUUAGAAAUUAAUCCAAGACAUCCACUUAUUAAAGAAUUGUUGCGUAGAGUUGAAGCAGAUGAAAACGAUAGCACUGCUUUAGAAAUCGCCAAAACAUUAGUUAAGACUGCUACUUUAAGAUCUGGUUAUAUGUUAAAAGAAACUGCAGAAUAUGCAGAUACAAUUGAUAAAAUGUUGAUGAAGAGCUUAGAUAUAUCUGCGGAUGAUAACUAUGAUUUUGAAGAACCAGAUGAAGAAGAGAGUAAUGAGGCUGAUAAUGAUACUGAAAAUAAAUCUGGACAAGAUGAAACAGAGGAUGACACAAAUGACAAUUCAGAGCAUGAUGAAUUGUAAAUGUACUUUAAUAUCAUUUAGUUAUAAUGUAAAAUUAUAAUUUAAUUUAGUUUUCGCCACAGUUCCAGUAAUAAUGUAAUUUAUAGAAAUAAAAAUAUAUAAUUUUUUUUAAAAGA